AUGCCACCUCCGGUCACCGCACCGACCCAUCCGCCUCCGCCCUCCGAGUCGACGACCACCACCAGACCGCAGCAGCAGCAGCCGCCGCCGCCACCUCCUCCUCCUCCUUCCGGCGUUGAGUCUGAGGUGCCGCCGAAGAAGCGGAAGCUGGAGGAGGAGGGGUUUCAGCGCUCGCCGUACUACACGAUCAGAGAAACCGUCGCAAAUCUCCGCGGCCGCUUCCUCCAGGUUUGCCAUGGAACUGAUUCAGAAAAGAAAGAUGCUGCUGUUGAGAUCUUGAAUGAGAUGAAAGAUGUGAUAGAAUUAUCCAAGAAAACACGGCUUGAUCUCUCCGCUGCUGCUGAACCUGUGAUACCGUUUGACAAACAUGCAGCUAGAGCUCCUGAGCAUAAGCGUGCUGAGAAAGUUCUGUCUGAAGAGAAGAGUCUAGGUCCUACGACAAGCCUGGCGGGAAAUUUUGUGCACAGUACAGGUGGAGGUGUACCACUCAAGCCUGAUAACUCAGACACCGCAGCACAUGGGUUACCAGUGAAGACUAAAAACUGGGCCGGACCAAGGGAUUCGGGGAAUUUGAGACUGAUACGACGGGAUCCUGGUGAUAAUGCGGGGCUACGAGUACGAGACCAAUGUAAGUUCUACAUUGUUCACUUCAUUCGGUUUAAUUUCGACCAAGGUUACCACCGGGAAGUGGAAGAUGAGUACGGAGAUGAGUACUAUGAUCAAGAUGAGUAUUUGGAGGAGGGUUCAGGUGCUGGGGAUGAGUAUGUUGAGGAGGAAGAGCCUACAGAGGGACAAAAAGAGAUCCUCGAGUUGAGAGAACGAUUAAAAGAGCAGAUUAGGCGAAAGGCAAAGGCUGCUGCUGCCUGCACAACUGGCCGCUCGUCAUCUUCACAAAUGCCUCAAGCCAGGGACAAAUUUGGCUCUUUCUUCGGGCCAUCCAAGCCGGUGAUUUCUCGUCGAGUGAUUGAAGAAAGAAAAUCAUUGAAAGAACUGCAUAGCACAAUUGCAAGGGAGCCAAGGCCUUCUGGAGUACAUAAGGAUAUUCCAUCGUCCUCUAAAGUGCAAAGUAAAGGAAAUGGACAUCAGCAUAAACAGAAGAUUGUUAAUCAGGUAAAGAGGAAGGUUGAGGCACUUAAGGAUAACCGAGAUUAUUCAUUUCUACUCUCGGAUGAUGCUGACCUUUCACCCUCUCCAAAGGAGAAACCUGCUGCUAGAUCUUCCUUGACUCAAAGGGCUGAUCGCGAGGUGAUGCAAUCAACAGUAAAGAGCAAGGCACCAACAAGUCAACCUGCACGUUUGUCAAAUGGAUAUGGACCUAAGAACACAAUGUCAACUCAAAGGCAUGCCGAAGGUAGGGUAGAUUCCAUGAGAAAGGAGGCUUUCUUGAAUAGAGAAAGGGUUGUUUCACGUGACAGUGAGAGGACGCAUUGUAUUGCAAGAAAUGGAUCCAACCAGGCAAGCACUAGCAAAACCACAAUCCAAAAGCUUCCAAGCAGGGGUCCUAUUGUUAAUAAGCAACCUUCCAAGGAUUUGAAUGAUGCAACUCUGUGGAAGAGCAGUGUAGCCUCGGAAGAACCAUCUCUCAGAGAUUGA